AUGGUUGUGAAUGGUGUGAGUCCUGAGGAAGGAGCAUUGCUUACCAAAGACAUUAGUGAUGUUCUCUUGAACACAGUCCCAAAGAAGAAGAAGGUGAUGGUCUCUGAACAAGUCAGUGCUAUGAUUCAGAACAAGAUUCCAGAGAAGCUACCUGAUCCAGGAAACUUUGUGCUAGAUUGCUCAUCUCAACAAGCAGUUAGGAGGAGAUCCACCAUUGAUGGUCAGAGUUUUUCUGUGGAGAUUUCUAAGGAUGAAGAUGCAAUCAAAGAGAGCAUUCACAUGACAUUACUGCUGGGAAAAAGAAGUGUUCCACCCAAACUCACAUCCCACCCUGCUGCUAUUCCUCACUUCCUUGGGCGUCCUCAUGCACCUAAUGCUUAUACACCACCAUGGAUGAGGAGACAUUCUUCUCAGAGGCAUUUGUUGCCAUUGUCUGAUCCACCAGAUGCCUGA